AUUUUUGAUAUAAAAUUGAGCUGUUUUUUGCUGUAAUAAUAAUAAUAAUUUCACAAUCUUUACUCUUUUUUUCUUAUAUAUGAUUCUGUCUCUCCAACUUCUCUUUUGCUAGGAUCAUCGGCAAAAUCUAAACCAAACAAAAAAAAUCAGAAAAACUCAUCUCUCUGUUUCUCUCUGUCUACAAACUUGUCUUCUUUACAGAGUUGAGUCAUAUGGAGGAGGAUCGAAAAGAGAAGAACUCUCCGUGGCUAUCAGUGCCACAGUUUGGUGAUUGGGACCAGAAAGGAGGAGGAACGAUUCCUGAUUACUCAAUGGACUUCACUAAGAUUAGAGAGAUGAGGAAACAGAACAAGAGAGACCCUUCUCGAGCCAGUCUAGGCAACGAGGAAGAGCUCAUCAAGCCACCCGAGUCAGCGACAUCAACAGAAGCAACCACUAAGCUCACUACGGUCCAUAGCGAAAACCAACAACACUUCUCUCCGAGCCACAUUCACCAGCCACAUUCUCCUUCUACGAGGAGAAGCAUUUUCAGCUGCUUCAACUGCUGCGUUAAAGCUUGAAGGAUGGCGAAGGAGCAGUUUUAUAUAUUGACUUGUGUGUGAUUCGAAUAUGGAAAUGUAAUGUGAUGACACUUUUUAUAUAUGUUUGAAUCCAUUUGUCUCUCUUUUUUCUAUGCAUAUAUAGCUCUCUAUUACAAUGCGAAACAUGGAGACUGAUCCCAAUUUGAGUAUCACUGAGCACAUGGCAAGUGGCAGGC